AUGCCAGAACAACAGGGAGGUUUCGCUAGAGCCGCGAAGGACUGCGCAAGCGGGACAGUCGGUGGUAUUGUCCAAGUUUUUGCUGGACAGCCUUUCGAUACUGUCAAAGUGCGUCUACAAACACAACCGAUUCCGAAACCAGGCGAACAGCCGCGAUAUACUAGCAUGAUUGAUUGCGUUCGGAAAACUUACAAGGCCGAAGGACCGUUUGCAUUUUACAAGGGCACAACCACACCGCUCGUAGGCAUUGGUGCAUGUGUUUCAAUCCAAUUUGUUGUUUUGGAGUUUAUGAAACGUGUCUUUAAUGAGAAAAAUGGAUAUACUGGGUUCUUGAGUAACUCACAAUUGUAUUUCGCAGGUGCCGCUGCUGGAAUCGCAAAUUCUAUAGUAUCAGGUCCGGUCGAACACAUAAGGACUCGUCUCCAAGUACAGGUUACUCCUACACAGACGUCCUCGACUCCCUCAACGAAAACCUAUUCUGGCCCUAUAGAUUUUAUCAAGAAAGUAUAUGCAUCUCACGGUAUCCGUGGACUUUAUAAAGGUCAAGGCAUCACAAUGGUCCGCGAAUUCCAAGGUUACGGGGCAUACUUUCUUGCUUACGAAUACCUCAUGCAACAAACAAUGAAACGUGAACAUAAAUCACGCGAUGAACUUGCCAGUUGGAAACCGUGCUUGUUUGGUGCGCUUGCCGGUUAUGCCAUGUGGACAAGCGUGUAUCCUGUCGAUGUGUUGAAAAGUAAAUUACAGACUGAUGGGUUUACUCCAGAAACAAGAAAGUAUAACGGCGUGAUCGAUUGUGCGAGGAAAAUACAUAGAACUGAAGGUGUCAAGGGGUUCUUUCGUGGUUUUGACAAGAAGGAUGAUACUCGAAUAGCCUAUUCCUUUUCGAGAAAUGAGGAGAUGGGACAAGAGAUUGCCAUUGUCUCGGAACAUGACGAUAAUAAAGCACAUACUGUAGCUAGCAUACCUAUAGACUGUCGAGAAGAAGUAUUUGUGAACCAAAGCAGUUGCACUAGUGUCACGACUCAAAGCUGCUACUUCGUCAAGAUUGAGCCAUUUCUCCAAACCGAUGCCUACAAUAGUCGCUUGUCAAUGGUAACACAAUCCAAGCAAAAGCAUGGAAAGAAUUCCAGGAUGCGAUCUUUCGCCGCGGACUCUGAGUUAUGGAAACUAGAACCAGAUGAUGGGAGACAGAAAAACGAAAAAGAUAUGGCACAAAUGGUGAGAGGCUUACGCAGCAUCCGCAUUGCUAGAGAAUAA